GGACUGGGACAGGUGAAGGAGGCAGCUGGAGGUUUGAGGUUGGGGGGGAGGUGGCUCGGGAAAGGGCUGGGAGAGAAAGGUUGAUGGAGGAAACUUAGGGAAGGCUUGUGACUGUCUCUAGGAUUCCACUGUGGAAUACAGUCUAGGAGCCCGACAAGCUUAGUGUCCGCUGCUCAUGAAUAUGCACGAGCCACCUCCCUGUGACGUCACGGGCCGUCCCAGGGUGAGCGCCAGAGCAGCUUCGGGUCCACGGCAGUGAGCGCUAUUGCCAGCAACCAGAGCGGUGUCCGCCGGAGCUAGGGUUUGUGUAAGAGCAGCGUCGGCAGUAGCAGCUUCAGCGGUGUCCGGAGCGCAUCCAGCCCACUGAGGCCGGCCACCCACUCUGCAGCGGACAGCUCCUUCUCCCGUGUCAAGAACCGUGUUUGCUUGGAGCGGGUGUGGACUGUAGGAGGGUAGGCGCGCUCCGUCUCUCCAGCCUCAAGGAUGCUGCUGGGGAUGCUAUGGUGGGUGCCAGUCCUGCUCUCGCUGGGCGUGGGGAGCAGCAGCAGCAGCAGCAGCAGCAGCAGUGGCAGCAGCCGUCGUCGCCGCCUCCUCGCGGCUAAAGUAAACAAACAUAAACCCUGGAUUGAAACCUCAUACCACGGAGUCAUAACUGAGAACAAUGACACUGUCAUUUUGGAUCCACCUCUUGUUGCCCUGGAUAAGGAUGCCCCGGUUCCUUUUGCAGGUGAAAUUUGUGCUUUUAAAAUCCAUGGUCAAGAAAUGCCCUUUGAAGCUGUAGUACUAAACAAGACAUCCGGAGAAGGUCGACUCCGAGCAAAAAGCCCAAUUGACUGUGAACUUCAGAAGGAGUACACAUUUAUCAUCCAGGCCUAUGACUGUGGGGCGGGACCUCAUGAAACCAACUGGAAGAAAUCUCACAAGGCAGUGGUCCACAUUCAAGUGAAGGAUGUGAAUGAGUUUGCACCAACUUUUAAGGAGACCAUGUAUAAGGCUGUGGUGACCGAGGGGAAGAUCUAUGACAGCAUUUUACAAGUGGAAGCCAUAGAUGAAGACUGUUCUCCCCAGUACAGCCAGAUAUGCAAUUACGAAAUCGUCACAAGUGAUGUGCCUUUUGCCAUUGACAGAAAUGGUAAUAUCAGGAACACUGAGAAACUCAGCUAUGACAGGCAGCAUCAGUAUGAGAUCAUGGUUACUGCCUUUGACUGUGGCCAAAAACACGCAACAGAAAGUGUCUUAGUGCAAGUGGAUGUGAAACCUGUCUGUAAACCUGGCUGGCAAGAUUGGGCCAAGAGAAUCGAGUACAAGCCUGGUUCAGGGAGUAUGCCCCUAUUUCCCAGCAUCCACCUGGAAACUUGUGAUGGGCCUGUUUCUUCGAUCCAGAUAACCACAGAACUACAGACUAAUUACAUUGGAAAGGGAUGUGAUCGAGAGACAUACUCCGAAAAAUCUCUUCAGAAGUUAUGUGGAGCUUCUUCAGGAGCCAUAGACCUCUUGCCUUCUCCCAGUGCAGCCACCAACUGGACAGCUGGACUUCUGGUAGACAAUAAUGACAUGAUCUUCAAAUUUGAUGGCAAACAGGGUGCGAAGAUUCCAGACGGGAUUGUCCCCAAGAAUUUAACAGAUCAAUUUACAAUCACCAUGUGGAUGAAACAUGGCCCAAGCCCUGGAGUGAGAGCAGAAAAAGAAACCAUUCUCUGCAAUUCAGAUAAAACUGAAAUGAACCGUCAUCAUUAUGCCCUCUAUGUGCAUAACUGCCGCCUUGUGUUUCUUUUGAGGAAAGACUUUGACCAAGCAGAUACCUUUCGACCAGCAGAAUUCCACUGGAAGCUAGAUCAGAUUUGUGACAAGGAGUGGCAUUACUACGUCGUCAAUGUGGAGUUUCCUGUGGUCACCUUAUACAUGGAUGGCACGACAUAUGAGCCUUACCUCGUGACAAAUGAUUGGCCCAUUCACCCAUCACACAUAGCCAUGCAACUUACGGUUGGCGCAUGUUGGCAAGGAGGCGAAGUCACAAAACCACGAUUUGCUCAGUAUUUCCACGGCAGCCUGGCGAGUCUCACAAUCCGCCCAGGAAGAAUCGAGAGUCAGAAAGUGAUUUCCUGCUUGCAAGCCUGCAAGGAAGGUUUGGAUAUUAAUUCCCUGGAGAGUCUUGGCCAAGGAAUAAAGUAUCACUUCAACCCGCCUCAGUCAGUUCUUGUCAUGGAAGGAGAAGACAUCGGGAAUAUAAAUCAGGCUCUCCAGAAAGUAUCCUACAUCAACUCCAGGCAAUUCCCUACUGCAGGCGUCAGGAGGCUCAAAGUGUCAUCCAAAGUCCAAUGUUUUGGAGAAGAUGUCUGCAUUAGCAUCCCAGAUGUGGAUGCCUAUGUGAUGGUGCUGCAGGCCAUAGAGCCCAGAAUCACCAUCAGUGGAACAGAUCACCUCGUGAGGCCAGCUGCCCAGUUUGAAAGCACCAGAGGGGUGACUCUCUUUCCUGAUGUCAAGAUCGUGAGCACCUUUGCCAAAGCAGAGCCUCCUGAAGACUCAAAGGAGGAAGACCAAGCACCAAAGCAUGUGCUCUUAGAAGAGAUGCUACACAACCUUGAUUUCUGUGACAUUUUGGUUACUGGAGAAGAACUUGAACCUGGGCAGGAGUGCUUAGAACUAGACUAUGAUGAGCUACGAGAAAGACAUCUAGAUGCCACAAACUCCACAUCAGGCUAUUCUAUAUAUGGUGUGGGAACAAUGACCAGCUAUGAACAGGUCCUUCGCCAAGUCCGCUAUCGCAAUUGGCAACCAGCUAGCCUUGAUGAUAGAAAAUUCCAGAUCAAAUGCUCAGAGCUCAAUGGACGCUAUACCAGUAAUGAAUUUAACUUAGAGGUGAAUGUUCUGCAUGAGAUGAACUCAGACACUGUGCAUAUCAACCACAUGAUUGUGCAACCUCAAUUCCUCCAGUCAAUCCAUCAUUCAGAGCCUGAAAUAAGCAGUAUGCGUAAUUCAGUCAUUCCCAGCAUUGCUACAGUGGUCAUAAUUGUCUGUGUCGGGAUGCUGGUAUUUGUUGUAGCCAUGGGUGUGUACCGAAUCCGAGCGGCACACCAGCACUGCAUACAAGAGAAUGAAUCAACCAAAGAGAGUGAAAUGGAUUGGGAUGACUCUGCACUUACUAUCACUGUCAAUCCCAUGGAGAAAUAUGAAGAACCAGGCCAUGUGGAAGAGGAGAGUGAAGAAGAGGAGGAAGAAGAAGAGGAAGUAGAAGAAGAAGAAAGCUCCAGCGAUGACUCAGAUGACAGUGAGGAAGAGGAGGAAGAGAUUGGCAAGGGCAGAGGUGGGCAGAAUGGCCCCAGGCAAGCCCAGCUGGAAUGGGAUGAUUCAACACUCCCUUACUAGACUAGCCCAUGGUCCCAGGUGUAUCCCUUUUGUAAACACCAAUACAAUGUAUUCCUGAGUCCAGUUA